CUCAGCACCCAACUUUCGUUUACGCGCCCCCGAACUGGCGACCGUGAUGGCCGGCCCAGCACUCGCGACCAGGGCGGCGCCGAAUCUGCCAUGAUGAUACCCAGCCGUACCUCAUCGCUCCAUUCCCGCAUCACCCAGCCCAUUCCGUCCACUCUGGCCCAGAAGCCCCAGCAGCGAACCCCAAAGACGCUCACUCAUGCCUACAUGGUCUGCGGUGUCGGCCGUGAGCCCUCUCAAUGGGUCAAGGCUCCCGCUCCCGCCCAGGGCAAAAUCACCCACAUGAAGGGCGCUGUUGGACAAUUCUGGCUCCCCGAGAUCCUAGGCAGCAGCCCCCGCCUUGAGCAGGACAACGAGAUUGCGCGGGCUCUGCACUCUGCCAUGAGGGCUUGCUUCCCUCACGAUGUGGAAAUCUGUACUGGCCGGAACCAGCCCCACUGCACUCACCAUUCCUUUGUCCUCCAGCAGGACUCUUCUCACACUCUGUACGGUAUUUGUCUGCGCGUCUGGUCGCGGGCUGACGAGAAGAGAGCCGAAACCAUCCGGGAUCUGAGAAAGAGGACCGAAACCGACUACUAUGACAACCCGGAAGAGACCUACUGGAUCCCCUACUGCCUGUCCUUCCUCUCGCGCUACCCUCUGUACAACCUUCUGGGCGAUUAUCUGCGUGGCAUGUGGAUUCACUGGAACAAGGCUACUAACCUGUUUCAUGCCGAGGAAGUAUCCCGCAUUCUGAGCUUCCCGGCCCCUAGGCUCAACGAUCUUGUCCGUAUCGACAUGAAAGAUUAUGCCCUCUGCUACCAAUUCCCCUCGUCCCCUACCGGAUUCCAGAACUUCGCCAUGUGGCCCCUUUUCAACUGUUUGUCCAUCCCUAACAUUGUUGGCGUCAUUGAAGCUGCCAUCUCUCCCACUCGUCGCAUCAUUUUCGUCAGUCAUUACCCGGCCAUGCUCACAAUCGCCUCUGAGACUGUACGAUACUGCGUGCGAGUCUUCGAAUGGAGUGGUCUUUACGUUCCGAUGGUGCACGCGCGCCAUACCAAGGAGCUCGUCCAAGAACCCGGUCCUUACAUCUUGGGUGUCACCGCUGAAUGCCGGUCCCUCUUCACAGCCCCCACCGACGCUUUGGUCGUCGAUUUGGAUCGCAACUUUGUCCUCACAUCCAGCCCCCCUACUGCCCUCACUGCUGGCCAGCGCAACAAGUUUGUUAGCCGUUUGACUCAGGCUCUAAAUGGCGAUGUUACGCCUUCUGGUGUUCCCCAGCAUCUCCGUUCUGCCUAUGGCGGUGGCAAGUUGGUGCCUGCCGGCCAGAUCAUUGUCAUGCGCGGCGAGGUUGAGUCCAUCCAGGACCCCGAGUGGUGGAACCAGGAUUCUGUCAUGUCUGUCAUGGACCACGUGUGCGAGAAGAUGGGUCGCAACUCUGGCAUCAAGGCUGUCUUUGGAGGCUCAGUUAAGAAACCUCUCAUGACCAAGGUGUCAAUGAGGCAUCUCAACGAACUCGUUCGCGAGAGAAACCAGUACUCUCGAGAUGCUCUCGAGGCCUGGCAAGACUUCAUCAAUCUCAAAGGCCGUAUGGACACUGAGCUCGGCAAGGUUACUAAGCGUAACAACUACCUUGUCGAAGAGCUUGAGAGCUGGAAGCAGCAGUUCCUCAAGUUCCAGGCCUUUGCUGAAACUCUCACCAAAGAAACUCAAGACCUCAAGGUCAAGAUUGAAGGUCACAAGCGGGAGAAUCGCCGUCUUGCAUCUCUCAUUGAGCAACAAAAGGAGGACAACGGCCGCCUCACCACUCGCCUCUCUGGCACAGAGAAGCAGCGUGAUGAUGCUCUCGAGGCCCUCGUUUUGCAGCAGGAGAUUGCUGAAGAGCUCGAGCGUGAGCGCAAGAGGAACAAGAAGGAGCUUUCUCAGCUUCACCACACCAACGCCACCAUCACUCGCCAGCGUGACGAGGCUCGCCGCGUGGUUCUGCACCUACGCAGCUUGAUUGGCGGCCAGAGCCACCACAUGGAGCAUCUCAUUCAGUCCCUCACCAAGCCGGAGGAACUUAUCCGCGAAGUCGAGGAUGGCUACGAAUCGGACGAGGUUCAGGGUGGUGCUGAUGUGCACUCCCUGCGACCCUCUCGCAGCAGCAAGCGGCUGUCUACAUCCAGUCUGGUUGAUGUGGCUGAUCGCCACCUCAAAGAUAAGACUGAUGCUAUCGCUCAUAUCGUUCGCAACAUCGCGGACCAAUGCCAAGCUGCCGUCGACGGCCUGCAGCUUGCCCAGGAUGCCGAAUCUCGAGCCAGCACUCGUGCUAGCCGACGACUGAGCAGCAUGUCGACUGCUCAAAGUGAUGAUGGUGAGGACGCCCGCUCCACCGCCACCUCGGACGCUGGCGAGGGGAGUUCUCGCUUACAACCGCGUGCCGGGAGGCCUAGCUCAAUACCACCAACGCCGGAUCUCAUCCCCAACCGCAGUAGCACUGCACUAUCGUUUGCGUCCACGGCCACAACGCCUGAGCGAGCCUCCCAACAGUACUCUAUUCGAGACGAGAUACCAACCAAGAUUCUCGAGGACGAUGAAGAGGACUUCGAUGACAGCCGAAGUGAUCAGAUCGGAGUCUCCCAUCACCACGGAGUCGUCUCGAAGCAGUCUCAGUCUCUUCUCCACCGAUCAUCUGGAGCAAGAAUCAGCGCUUUCGGCAAUCUCCGAUGAAGACGCCAAACCUGAGGCUGCGCAUGAUGCUGAGCAUGAAGCUGAGCACCAAGCUGAGCAGGUCGGAGACGCCCAGCCGGCCUAGCCGCAGCCUUUUUGUACUAUUGUCGAUCCUCGUGCAGGAUCACCCCAUUUUUCCUUUGUCUUGAUUACUUCGAUACGGCGAUCCAAACUCUAUAUCCUUGUAUCUUGAGCGUUUCCAGCCUCAUUGGGCAGACAUCUUUUUGUUUUGUGGCGGCUUUGGAUAAAAACAUGUUUCGGAUCACGGCGUUCAUUUCUUAUCCUGUUCUUUUUCGAGUAUCAUCACUUUUUUACCACUAUAUUCUAGAUGAAGGGAACAGUUUGCGAUGGAAGGCUGACUGAUGACUUGCGUGGCGCCAUCGAGGCUUAGGAUCUCUUCUUUUUUCUCAUGACUAACAUAACUUAUUUUUUUUUCCCCCGCUUCCCUACAUAAGGGCAUUAUGACACUUGAUAGUUCAAGCCUUGCAAUUGAGUCUUCUUACUCACUUGACCUACUUUGUGCUUUCUUUUCCCAGAUUUGUGUGAAUUGGGUGACUCUGGUGAAAUUUCAAUCUUUGUUUGAGCUGGGUUUGAGCUGGCCGUUGUAAAUGUUUUGUAAUUACAUGCUUAAAAGUUUGUCUUUUGUAAAAUUGCUUUGUUAGUAGUAGGUAGAUCUUAAUAAGAACUGACACUUGUGUUAG